GACACUGAAGACCAUAAAAGCUUGAUUAAAAAGAAAAAAUGCCCAGAAAGACUAUAGACUAUGGAGUGAUGCCUGAGUAUGAGAAAAGCCAGAUCAAAAGGACCUUGGAACUGGGAACUGUUAUGACAAUAUUCAGUCUUAAGAAGAGCAGCCCAGAAAGGAGGACUAUUCAGGUCAUAAUGGAAACCAGGCAGGUGGCAUGGAGCAAGACAGCUGACAAGAUUGAAGGUUUCUUGGAUCUGAUGGAAAUAAAAGAAAUUCGCCCAGGAAAGAAUUCAAAGGACUUUGAACGUUGCAAAGCAAGGCACAGAGAAGAACACUGCUUUACUGUUUUUUAUGGAACCCAGUUUGUCCUCAACACCUUAAGUUUAGCAGCUGACUCUAAAGAUGAUACUGAUAAAUGGUUGUGUGGCUUGAAUAUCUUGUAUCAAGAGGUCAUGAGUGCUCCCACACCUGCAAUCACAGAGAGCUGGCUGAGAAAGCAGAUCUAUUCUGUUGAUCAAACUAGAAAAAAUAGUAUCAGUCUUAGAGAGCUGAAAACUGUCCUUCCCCAAGUAAACUUCAAAGUGAGCAGCAUGAAGUACUUGAAGGAUAAAUUUGCGGAAAUAGGUGCUCACAAGGAAGAGCUUACUUUUGAACAAUUUCAUUUGUUCUACAAGAAAAUCAUGUUUGAACAACAGAAAUUGAUUCUUGAUGAAUUCAAAAAGGAUUCCUCUGUUUUCAUUCUUGGAAAUACUGACCGUCCAGAUGCUUCAGCAGUUCACCUCCAUGACUUCCAGAGAUUCCUGCUACAUGAGCAGCAGGAAUCUUGGGCACAGGAUCUCAGUAAAGUCCGAGAACGAAUGACAAAGUUUAUUGAUGACACUAUGAGAGAAACUGCUGAACCUUUCCUCUUUGUUGAUGAGUUCCUCGCUUACCUAUUUGCAAAAGAAAACAGUAUUUGGGAUGAGAAAUAUGAUUCAAUAGAUGUGCAGGACAUGAAUAAUCCUUUGUCCCACUACUGGAUUUCCUCCUCUCAUAACACGUACUUGACAGGAGACCAGCUUCGCAGUGAAUCCUCCACAGAAGCUUACAUCAGGUGCCUCAGGAUGGGAUGUCGAUGUAUUGAGUUGGAUUGCUGGGAUGGUCCUGAUGGGAAACCCAUCAUUUACCAUGGAUGGACACGGACAACAAAAAUCAAAUUCGAUGAUGUAGUGCAGGCAAUCAAAGACCAUGCCUUUGUUACAUCUGAAUACCCAGUGAUUCUGUCGAUUGAAGAGCACUGCAGUGUGGAGCAGCAGCGACACAUGGCCAAAGUGUUCAAGGAGGUGUUUGGGGACCAGCUUUUGAUGAAGCCUGUUGAAGCCAGUGCAGAUCAGCUCCCAUCACCAACCCAGCUGAAAGAAAAAAUCAUCAUCAAGCACAAAAAACUGGGGCCAAAGGGAGACAUUGAUGUGAACUUGGAAGAAAAGAAAGAAGAAAAGAAGCAACAAGGAGAACUUUACAUGUGGGACACAAUAGAACAGAAAUGGACUCGGCACUACUGCGCUAUUGCUGAUGAAAAGCUUUCAUUCAGUGAUGAUAUAGAACAGAGUGCUGAUGAAGAUUCAUCCAAGGAGGUGAAACGAACUGAACUGCACUUAAAAGAGAAAUGGUUCCAUGGGAAAAUGAAAGGGGGGAGAACAACUGCUGAGAAACUUCUCCAGGAAUAUUGUGCUGAAAUGGGCGGCAAGGAUGGGACAUUCCUGGUUAGGGAAAGUGAAGCUUUCCCUGAUGACUACACUUUGUCGUUCUGGAGGUCAGGCAGAGUCCAGCACUGCCGGAUCCGUUCCACCAGUGAUGGGGACGCUGUGAAAUAUUAUCUGACAGACAACCUGACCUUUGACAGCAUCUAUGAUCUCAUCCAACACUACAAGGAGGCCCACCUGCGAUGUGCUGAGUUCGAGCUGCGCCUCACCGAUGCUGUGCCCAACCCCAGCCCUCACGAGACCAAAGAUUGGUACUAUAACAACUUGAGUCGGGGUGAGGCAGAAGACAUGCUCAUGCGAAUUCCUCGCGAUGGAGCCUUUCUCAUUAGAAAGAGAGAUGAACCUGAUUCUUUUGCCAUGACUUUCAGGGCAGAGGGGAAGGUGAAGCAUUUCCGAAUCCAGCAGGAGGGGCGGCACUUCGUGCUGGGCACCUCGGCCUACUUUGAGAGCUUGGUGGAGCUGGUGACCUACUACGAGAAGCACCCGCUGUACAGGAAGAUGAAACUGCGCUACCCCGUGACAGAGGAGCUGCUGGAGCGCUACAGCACGGAAAAAGACAUUAAUUCCCUCUAUGAAGUCAAGAUGUAUGUGGAGCCCAGUGAAAUCACCCCCACAGUGCCUCAGAGAACAGUGAAAGCCUUGUAUGACUACAGAGCCAAAAGGAGUGAUGAAUUGAGCUUCUCUCGAGGAGCUUUAAUUCAUAAUGUCACAAAGGAAACUGGAGGCUGGUGGAAGGGGGAUUAUGGAGAAAAAGUCCAACAUUAUUUUCCAUCUAAUUAUGUUGAAGAUCUGUCAUCUGAUAACUCUGCUGAGCUUGAAAAUCAGAUCAUUGAGGACAACCCACUGGGCUCUCUGUGUCGUGGCAUCCUGGUGCUCAAUACAUACAAUGUUGUGAAAAUGCCACAAGGAAAACACAAAAAGCCUUUUGUCUUCAUUCUGGAACCUAAGAAUCCAGAAGAUCCAUGUGUUGAGUUUGCAACUGAUAAAGUAGAAGAACUCUUUGAAUGGUACCAAAGUAUCCGUGAGAUCACCUGGAAAACAGCAGAAGAGGAGAACAGGAGGAAAUACUGGGAAAAGAAUCAGUUAAUUGCCAUUGAAUUAUCUGAUCUAGUAAUCUACUGCAAGCCAACGAGCAAAACCAAGGACAAUUUAGACAAUCCUGAUUUCAGAGAAAUCCGUUCUUUUGUGGAAACCAAGGCAGAGAGCAUUGUGAAGCAAAAGCCACUGGAGCUGUUGAAGUACAACCUAAAGGGGCUGACUCGUGUCUACCCCAAAGGACAGAGGGUUGACUCAUCCAACUAUGACCCAUUUCGCCUCUGGCUUUGUGGCUCCCAGAUGGUGGCUCUGAACUUCCAAACUCCAGAUAAAUACAUGCAGUUGAACCAUGCCUUGUUUUCCCUGAAUGGACGCACUGGCUACGUGCUGCAGCCAGAGAGCAUGAGAAAUGAGGACUAUGACCCGAUGCCAAAUGACUCCAAGAGGAAAUUGCAGAUGAUUAUGACAGUUAGGGUUUUGGGUGCUCGUCAUCUCCCUAAACUUGGUAGAAGCAUUGCCUGUCCCUUUGUAGAGGUUGAAAUUUGUGGGGCUGAAUAUGACAACAGCAAAUUCAAGACAACAGUUGUGAAUGACAAUGGCCUUAAUCCAAUUUGGGCACCUUAUGCAGAGCAAGUGAGAUUUGAGAUUUACGACCCAAAUCUGGCGUUCCUGCGCUUUGUUGUUUAUGAGGAGGAUAUGUUCAGUGAUCCCAACUUCUUAGCACAUGCCACUUUUCCCAUCAAAGGAAUCAAAUCAGGUUUUAGGUCAGUUCCUCUCAAGAAUGGCUACAGUGAAGAUAUAGAGCUGGCCUCGCUGCUGGUGCACUGUGAGGUGCAACAAGUUCUGGAAAGUGAAGAGGAGCUUUAUUCCUCCUGUCGGCAGCUUCGGAAGCGCCAGGAGGAGCUGAACACCCAGCUGUUCCUCUAUGACAGCCACAUGAACCUGAGGAACCCCAACAGGGAUGCAAUUCUGAAAGAAUUCAACGUCAAUGAGCACAAACUACAGAUUUAUCAAGAGACUUGCAACCGCAGAUUAAAGGAGAAGAAAGUCAGUAACAGCAAAUUCUACUCUUAGAGCCCAUCAUUCUUUGGUGUGUGCUUUAUGGUGCAAUUCAGGAAGAGAUGAAUUUAUCCUGGUCGUCCAACUCAGUGACGGUCUCAUCAGACAGAAUGACUGGAAGAAAAGGAAGAGGAAAUAUGGAUUUCCUUUAUAAUUUUUCUCCUAAGUAAAACUGUUUUAAUACCUAAUAAUUUAUAUUCUGUACAAAGCAUACCCUCUGUGCAGGCCAGAACUUCUGUGUAUUCAAGGUUUUUAAAACUUGAGGAUGUGUAGUUGGAUGGACCUCACUUCUCACUAUCAAUACCUGAAGUACGAAUCAUCUCCUGCAUGUGUGUACAAGGCACAGUGUCACAGAUAAGACAGUCACAGCUAUUUGCAUGCAUGGGAUCACACCACUUAACAACCUGGCUCCUCAAGAUUAUCUAGUAGUGAGCUUUUAAUUUAUUAAAUGCUGUAAAAGCACUUCUACACCAGCAUUGUCACGUCAUGUAUGUUACAAUCCUCAAGACAGCAGAUUGUGUUGCUGAUACUGUACAAAAUGUUUUGGGCAGCUAUUAUCUCUUAUUAAAAAUUUUCUGUUACAUUUUUGAGAACAAGAUAAUAUGUUAAUUUUGUUGAAAGAAAGUACCCUCUGUUACUGUAGUUGUGUUUUUCUUGUUGAACUCUCUUUAAAGGUUCAAGAAAGGAGCAAUGUGUGAACCUCUAUUCAUAGCCCCUGUGAACUUCUGUUCACAGCCUUGAGGCACUGGAAGGAAGUAAGAGAUAUCUAUUUGUUUGCAGAAAGGGAAGGUAUUUAAAAUUCUGAGGAGCACUUACUUUUGUACAGUAUCAUUUCUGCAAAUCCUUUCAGCUGCUAAUGUGCUUAGAAAUGAAUUUUUAAAUGAACUGUCAAUUUUUAAUCUUGCAGUCCUACAUAGACGAUAGUCGAAUGAUAGUGUUCUGUAAAUGUAGAUUGUUUUCCCAAAAUGUAACUAAUCCAAGAAUGAUAGUGUGCACAAAUAUAGAGGUACAUCCUUCUGGUGCCUUUAAUCAAAUCAAGAACAUGAAGCUGCAGAUGAGAAUACUUGUUAGAUUAGCAAGUGUAUUUUCCUGCCAGAGCAGAACUAAAGGCCUUCGAUGGAAUAUUUAACAGCAGUUGUCAUCAUUUGUGUAUGUGUUGGUCCUUUGUGCUAGUGCUGUAUUGUUACCAUCAAAUUUCUGUUUGUUGUAUCUCUACAUGGGAUGAGUUUUGCUAUCUAUAUUCCCAAUUUCAGUGUUCAAGUAUGUGCAGAGGAGUUCAGUUUUUGGAGUGACUGCCUGAGGCAUAAAAUGCUGCUUCCACAGAGCUGUACUUCUGAUCACAGAGGACUUGCACAGAUUUGGGAUUCAUGGCCUGAUGCAGCUGCCUCAGCAAUUUUCAGUUUCUCUUGCUCCCCAUGCUGUGAGUUCUGUUGUUUCAAGAGGCUCUUAAUUGAUGCCAUUGUGCAUUCACAGAUGAUGGUUUGAGGAACCCCCUUGAGGCUUUAGCUAUUCUGUAAAGACAGUCUUGUCUCAGAGAUGAAAGUGUUAUAAUAGUGUAUCCCACAAUGGGGGUGGCUUCUGUAAAUUUUUUAUUAUAAAGAAAUUAAUUACUAAUCACCCAACUGAAAACAGAAAAGUUAAAGGCAAUUCUCUCCUUUUCAUUCUCCUUCCUGAAAUCAGUACCCAGCUGUGAUUGACCUGUUCAAGGAUUAGAUGGGUGUAAACCCUGCUCAAAGAAAAAAAAAA